AUUAUAUUUCUCAUGUUUUUAAUACCUAGUUUAAAUUGCCCGGUGUACACAAAAUAAUGCCACAAGUCACCUUGUCGAAGAAGUGCUACAUUUUUUCACUCGCUAGAAUAAUCAAUAGUCAUUUGUUGGCUCGAAUUGUUGAUUCCCAAAGAAGUCAAUCUUUGUUUUGCUGAAAGUCUUUCUCUCAACUACACGAAGUUAUUUUUCCAACUCUCUAGAUGGCGGAAAGAUUAGAAGAUUUGAAUCUCCCCAAUGCAGUUGUGACGAGAAUAAUCAAGGAAUCCUUACCAGAUGGAAUAAAUAUUGGAAAAGAAGCACGUGCCGCAGUGGCAAAAGCUGCUUCUAUCUUUAUUCUUUACGUUACAUCAGCUGCGAAUACAGUAGCCAAGAAAGGAAAAAGGAAAACCAUCAGCGGUUCUGACGUAAUUCAGGCUAUGGAAGACAUAGAAUUCGAUCAGUUUAUCGAACCGCUUCAGGAGGCGCUGGAAAAUUUCAAAAAAUCCCAGAAAGAAAAGAAAGAUGCAACCACAAAGAGAAAGCAACAGAAAAAAGAUGACGAAGAGAUGGAAGAGGCUGCCGGUGAAGAUGACUAAUUAAAUAUUACCUCCUAUUUUUUAUACGCUCUAUUUAAGAUUUGCAUUAUUUACCUCAUAGGCUAUGUGUAACUAUAAUACUUGUAAUCAAUUUUGUUGCACCUA